GUUCUUCUCAUGUUUCUUGUCUACACUGUGCCCCAAAUGGGCAACCUCAAACCUUGGCUAUUGAACUCGAGUGUAAAUUGCGUUGGUGAUGGGCGAUUUUGGUGGUUAGGGAGAAGAAGGGAUUGUUACUGUUACUACAAGCACUAUCUGAUUCGAUGGAUGACAACGAGUAAGAGGGUUCAAGACAGAAGCAAGAAAAAGAGGGUUCACGAGCUUGAAGUCACAACAGAGAAAUGGAAGAUAGCCUCCAAAAUCAUCUUCUUGAUGGAACUUCUCAAGCAAGAACCCGAAAUGGUGAUUCCCGUUAGCUCCCUCGAACAAUACCGUAAACAGAUCAAUCUUCCCAAACCCCACAGAAUCUCCGAUUUCCUUCGCAAAACCCCAAAGCUCUUCGAACUCUACAAGGAUCAAAAGGGGGUGUUGUGGUGCGGUAUGACCCAGAAAGCUGAAGACUUGAUGGAAGAACAACAAAGGGUCAUCGAGGAAGAGCAUGCUGAUAAAGCUGCAGAGCAUGUUACGAGGUUUCUCAUGAUGUCGGUGGAAAAACGGCUUCCUUUGGAAAAAAUUGCUCAUUUUAGAAGAGAUUUUGGGUUGCCAUUGGAUUUUAGAACCCGUUGGGUUUUCAAUUAUCCUCAGCAUUUUAGGGUGGUGAAGUCUUUUGAUGGGGUUGAGUUUUUGGAGCUUGUGUCUUGGAACCCUGAUUGGGCUAUAACUGAACUAGAGAAGAAGGUGGUGAAUGGAGUAACUGAAAAUGCCACUUUGCAUACCCCAGGUAUGCUUUCACUGCCAUUUCCUUUGAAAUUCCCUUCAAAUUUUAAGAGGGUGUAUCGAUAUUAUGGAGAAAAGAUUAAGCUUUUUCAAGAGAGGCCUUAUUUGUCUCCCUAUGCUGAUGCAAGGGGUCUUAAGGCUGGAUCUUUGGAAUUUGAUAAGAGGGCUGUUGCUGUUAUGCAUGAAGUGCUUAGUUUCACCAUUGAGAAGAGGUUGGUCACUGAUCACCUCACUCACUUCCGUUGGGAACUUGUGAUGCCUCAGAAGCUCAUGAGGCUUCUGCUCAAGCAUUGUGGCAUCUUCUACGUUUCUGAGAGAGGGAAGAGGUUUAGUGUGUUUUUGACUGAAGCUUAUGAUGGUUCCGAGCUCAUUCAGAAAUGCCCUAUGGUUCUCUGGAAGGAAAAAGUUCUCAGUCUUGUGGGUUAUAGAGGAAGGAAGAAGAAGUUUGAGACAUACAGUGACAUGUCUGAUGGGGAAGAUCAUGAUGGUUUGCUCCAGAGUGAUUCGGAAGUGGGGAAUUUGCAUGUGCAGAUUGAGCAACAGGAUACCUUGGAUUAUGAGGAUUCAUUACUCGGGGAUGAUUCUGAGAUAGAUAUUGGAGAGAUUACCUGAAUAUAUUCCAAAUUUACCACAUGUAUAAUUGUUUCAAUUUUAACUUCAAUGUUCUAGGGAACAUGCAACUGUAUACGCUGAUAAGUUAAUAUAAAUCCAAUUUUGAGGAUGGCUUCCAAAUAGCUUGUAUGUUGUUGAAAUUUUGAAAACCUGUGACAGUCUGUUGUUUUCCAAAAAGGAUUGUACUUGUGGCUGUGCGAUGGGAGGGAAAAAUUAUUUAGAGGCUUGGCCAUACGAAAAGCAAGACAGCAUGGUUAUUACAAGUUAGGCUAAAGAUUAAACAUGCAGCAAAACACUAGAUAGAGGAAAUGGAUGCGUCUUCAUGAGAAAUUUUGUCUAAUUUUAGGCCUUUAUGUUAUUAGGGAGGUAAAGAAACUUGGUUUUGAACCAGGGAUGGUCUCAUCUAGAAGUGAGUGGUUGUAUCAUCCACAUAAAGUGAUAUACACGGAGGACAUGCAUCCUCUAAUAAAUUGGUUUAAAGGACAUUCAUCAUUAUUUCGGUGAAUUGUACUGGAUGAAUUCAUACUUUCUAUAAGCAGUGAUGUUCAAUAAACAGA